CACCUUAGUCCAUUAAGCCAUGAAAUAAAUUAAACAUGGAACAAGAACCUAGCCAUGGAAGAAAAACAAAUGAUGGUGGCGGUGGUGGUGGUGGUGGAGAGAUCAAAUACCGAGGCGUUCGGAGGCGGCCAUGGGGCAAAUUCGCGGCUGAGAUACGUGACUCGGCUCGACAGGGGGCACGUGUAUGGCUAGGGACAUAUAACACGGCUGAAGAAGCUGCAAGAGCUUAUGAUAGGGCAGCUUAUUCAAUGAGAGGUCAUUUAGCUAUACUUAAUUUUCCUCAGGAGUAUAAUUUGCCUAGUAGCUCUUCACAUUUUUAUACUGGUGGUUCUUCUUCAUCAUCAUCAAGGCAAGUUCUUGAAUUUGAAUGCUUGGAUGAUAAGUUGCUUGAGGAUCUUCUUGAUUGUGAUGAAGAGCCAAAUAAGAAAAAAUAAUGAUUAUUUCAAUCAGUAGCCGAGGCAUGCAGGAUGAAUUUCAGGGUUCAUUAUCUACGAUAUAUACGUAAAAAUUAUUUUGACUGUAUACAAUGUAAUUUUCUGAUAAAAGGUUCGUUUGAACUCUCUUGCCCUCUAGCUCCGCCACGAAUUUCAAUGUUCUUGAUCUAUUUAUCCUAUGCUCUAUUUUCCCUAUGAAAAA